GUGGACCCAUGAUAGUGGGAGAGUGUGUUGGGUCCAUGCGUUUACAUAUUUUCCUAGACGUUUAUAAGCCAGCAGAAUUUCUGAAUAUAUUUUUGACAAAAUCAAUUCAAUUGUUUAGAAGUACUCAUAGCGAGCGGUUAAAGCACCGCGCUUUCAAAAGUCGUACGUGGUAGUGAGAAAAUAAAAGAUUGUGUUUUGACGUGAAUAAGCAUUUUAUUUGAAUUUGAUGUAGCGUCGCUUGUGUUUAAUUUUAUUUCUUUGUUUGCCUUUCUCGGUUCAACCAGUCAAGUCAAAAUAAUUAUAACUACAAUAAUUGGUACAAUACACAAAUGAACAGUUUUCACUGCAUUCCAAUCGCUGGCAGCUGUUGUACACGCACAUAACCUCAAACAUAACCAGCUGAUUGUGAUUAGAUUGCUACAAAACUACAAUUUGUAAACAAAGUGUUAUCAGCGCAAAUAAUACAUACUCCUACACUCUUUGAAUUUUUUCCUUUACGCUUCUUCCGUUCUCUUGUGUCGGUCGAGUGUCGGUCGAGUUGCAUUGCUUUCAACGUGGUGAGUUUGGAGUUUAGGAAGGAGUGCGUUAGGACACAAGGACAAAAUGAAUAUUGACACAUUGCGAAAUGAGUUUGAAGAGCUCACCAAAGAGUACAACGAACUUGAGGAAUGCAAUAGCCGAUAUAUUGAGUUACUGGAGCAGCUUCACAGCCAUCAACAAAAAUGCUUUAAUGAAAUAAAACAUCAGCGUUAUCGAAUGAAUCAAAUCACCGCUUCGCUCAAACAAUGUAAAACCGCUCAAACACCGGAAGAGAAGGAAAAAGUAGAGGAAUUACAGAAAAACACAUUGAAGCGGAAAGCGCAGAUUCAUGAAAUUGAACAGUCAUUACCCACCAAAUCGGGAUUAUAUCUCAAGAUCAUUUUAGGCGAUGUCAACGUAUCCAUUUUGAACAGAAACGACAAAGUUCGCUAUAAAGAUGACUAUGAAAAGUUCAAAUUAAUACUCAACGUAAUUGGACUGUUAAUGGCAUUUCUCAAUUUGAUAUUCAACUACAGGGCACUGGAACUGGCAUAUAUUUUCCUACUAGUCUGGUAUUAUUGCACCCUCACCAUACGUGAAUCGAUACUCAAAGUGAAUGGAUCGCGCAUUAAGGGCUGGUGGCGAGCGCAUCAUUUCAUCUCAACAGCAGCUGCUGGUGUAUUGCUUAUUUGGCCACAGGGCGAACAUUGGCAGCUAUUCCGCACUCAAUUCAUGUACUUCAAUGUCUAUAUCAACAUUGUGCAGUAUUUGCAAUUUGGCUAUCAAAAGGGUUUGCUCUAUCGACUGAAGGCGCUCGGCGAACGUCACAAUAUGGAUAUCACCAUUGAGGGCUUCCACUCGUGGAUGUGGCGUGGACUGAGUUUUCUGCUACCAUUUCUAUUCGGCGGCUAUACAUUCCAAGCUUACAAUGCAUGGACAUUGUAUAAAUUGACAACGGAUCCACCAGGAGCGCCAUGGCAUGUGUCUGUGAUGUGCGGCUUCUUCACCUUACUCUUCAGCGGCAACAUUAUCACCACAUUAUUAGUUGUGCCCGAGAAGAUACGUGAACGUGCCAAGGAACGCUAUCGUCUACAGUCUAUGGGUACCUCGAUGAAAUUGCGCAAAAUGAUGAGGAAUAGCAUUAGUGAAACGGACAUUUCCAGCCAGCAAUCGCUAGCCAAUAGUACUACUAAACUAGACAACUCUACCUCCUUACAUGCCAUAGGCGAUGCAGUAGAAACAACAGCAGCAGCAGCAGCAGCAACAACAACACCAACAACAGAUUUAACAACAAAACCGACUUUAAUUACCGGUAAUGCAAUACCAUCAAUAGAUGUGGGUGAUGUACUACCACAUGGCCAAAACAAUGAGAAGGAACAGCAGCAGCAACAACAACUACUACAACAGCAGCAGCAGGAAGUAGAGAAAGAACAGUCAACGGAAAUAACAAAACCAGAGGAUAAGAAGAACAAUUAAGUGAUGAUGGGGAUGUGAGUAGUGAAAUGGAUUAUGAUGGUGAAGUUGUAAGAGUUGGUCAGUUGGUCAGUUGAAAAGUGUGUGGAGUUUUUUCUUUCAAUUACACACUUACACACUGAGCCUGUUAACUUGAAGUUUUUUAGCUGUCGACAAACUGAAGAAAAAGUCAAACGGAAAUAGUAACUAAAGCAGAAAGGGGAAUUAAAGCGGUAUUACAAGUGUAGUGAAGUCAAGGAAUUGUCUGUGUUUGUAUUGUAUUUAAGGAAUUAUAUCAAAAUGAAUUUAAUUAAGAAAGUGUGUUAUGAAUUUAUCAAAAAAAAUCAAAGGAAAUUAACAAUUCACACAUUAGGCAGCAUAAAAUGUAAACGCAACCGUUAAACAUUUAUUAUAGGGCUAUCAUUUGAUAUUACUACUAAAAA